AUGCAACAACAUCUAGAUAAUGUAUUUCCCGAAAGAUGGAUAGGUCGAGGUGGUCCAAUGGUUUGGUCACCUGGAUUGCACCUGAUCCUCUUGAUUAUUUUUUUGCGAUCAUUUAAAAAGUAUAGUGUACGCCACCAAAGUACUGAGCAAGGAUUACACCCAUCGGAAAAGAGCGCAGGGACCUCUAAGCCUUUGGCCAAGAGGGCGCGCUCUGAUGGGUCGACGCCCGAGCUAGUGGCUAAGAAGCCCAAGCCGGCUGAGAUCGUGCCGACGGAAACCAAAGCUGCUUCAGAGAAGCAGCUGACUUACAAAGCUGCUGUAAGCGGUAUCAGGGUUGGAUUAAUCCACCCAGACUAUCCCGCCCAGCAGUUCAAUGUAGAACAAGUGGGGUUGCUACGGAGGGAGGUUAUUUCAGCCGUAGACAACAUCCAAAAAGGGGGUGUGCGAACACAAGUCCGGUUCGAGGGCUGUGCGACGCGUCCAGGCUGGCUUUUAGUCACCUGCGCGGAUGCCUGCUCGAAGGACUGGCUUGUGAAUACAGCCAAUAGCCUUCAUCCAUGGGAGGGUGCCCAGAUUAAGGCGGUCGAGGGGAAAGAUAUUCCCAGGCCGCACGUCUGUGUAGCAUAUAUCCCAGACGAUGAAGCUAAUGUUCCUCUCACCAAAGAGACGGUGUUAACCCGAUUGGAGGUGAUGAACAACUCACUCCAAACAUCCGAGUGGACGGUUCUGAACACCACCAGAUCCGGACCGGGGCAGACGUGGACCUUCGCGGUUGACGAAGUGUCUUGCAACGCCCUGGAAGAACUGUGCUGGCGGCCGUACUUCGGAUAUGGAAGAAUUCAGUUCCGACUGAAAGGAAAGGGAGUGGAGAAUCCCGCACCUACUACCGAGACGACGGAGGCUGUGACGGUCGCCCCGUCGACAUCAUCAGCUCCCGCGGCAACAAGCGCGUGA